CGAAAUACUCCACUUCUCACUCCUUAAAUGUGACUGCAUAGUACAAUAAGUAGUGUACAGAGAACAUUUUUUUGCUGUUUAUUACUAAACGGAUUUUAUGCAUUUCUAUCUAGCUUAUAUUUUACACAUUAUAAACUGUGAUCUAUUUUUCAAAUAUAUAUAUAUACACACUAUACAUAUGUUCCGAAGCUAUGUUUAUUUUUCUUUCCCUAGUAUCCGAGGUACUGAAAUGUACAGAAGAUUGGUGUAUCUGUAUCAUUUACAUGUGUGUCAACAGCAUCUAAAAAUAAGAUAAUAGUGAUUCAUUCCAAAGCGGUUAGACAGUAUCUGCGGACUUAGCAGGCAGCAAUAGCAUUGACAGUGCUAUAUACACAUCAUCAUCUCACCACUUUCCGACUGCGGCAUACUCUUUACGACCAACUUGAAUUCUGACAACAAAAUGCCAGCAAAACCAAAUAGCGCAUCAUCUCUGCAAAUAUUGCGGAUCCCUAGAACCGAUGAACCCGACUCCUACGUGCUGCUCCGAGUUACCAAGUCAAGCUCCGACCUGGCAGUCGUUGCCACGGAAGGGGAGAGCCCAUAUACCGGUUAUAUCAAACAGAGUCGACUAAAGAGCCUCCGUGCAAAAAGUUACCAAGGCAGUGACGAAGAAUGGGCUCAGAUUGUAUCAUACGUUUUUGGACAAUUUUCCUCGACAGUUGGUAAACCAGUAUGGUCAUAUGGGAUCGAAGUUUCGGCCAACGUCUCUGAUUCCGCGAAUUAUGAAGACAAAGAGAUAGUCCUGACCAUACGGAAACGAAUCCAAUCUAUAACACAAAGGCUCGGGUCCAUAAGCCUCAAACAGGAUAAUGAACAGGCCAUCGAACUAUUUGAUUGGCUUGGUGUUGCCGCCGCCAGAGCACAUACCUCCGAGGAGCGCUCUUCGUCACUAGCUGAUCGUUGUCGCAUCGCCGAGGACACUAUCCAACAACUGACGAAGCAGCUCGAGGAGCUCGUUCACGCAAAAUCCCACCAUGAAGACCAGCUGGUUGCCAAUUUUGCUCACUUGCUGAACAAGAAGAAGCUCAAAAUACGCAAUCAACAGCGCUUAUUGGUCUCGGCUAAGGUAGACCCAGUCAAGGUAUCUGAGAUACAGGCAGCAACAUCUAAGGGUCGUGACUUAACACAGAAAAACAGGCGCCUAAAGCGCAAUGCUAGAGAAAUGAGCAAAGAUGAAUUAGAAAGUGGAGAUGGAUUUGAAGAAAUGCAAAUGGAUCACGCUGGUAACCAAGGUCGGGAACAGGACCAAGAAACGGACGAUGAAGAGCGUUCAACCCCUCAGCCAUUAGAAGAUGAAGGAGACCAUGGCACCACCACAGACGAAGAGUCUGUCCUGUCACAUGUCGAGCCAGGAAAUGAAAACGAUGGCGUGAAGAAGUCCGACAUAAGUAAUGGUCCUAUGCUCAAGGAUUCUGCAGCUUCUCCGCCGCGAAGAGAACUCCCCUUUGCGAGGCGAGCCCCAAAAAAGGAGGUACAGAGCCAGCCGCACCAAGCAGAAUACGAUGUCGAAAGUACUACUGGAGAGACGGAUGAUGAUGAGUUAUGACAAAAACUACCAUCACGUUGGUUUUUUUUCCCCCCGAAAUAGCACAC